AUGUCACGGCGCCAAUUAGCCUCCUGCACGACAUACCCGACAUACCGGUAUCCUACAAGAGAACUGCAGUGUUCUGAAUACUCCCUGGAAGUCAGAUUCAACACAAGCAGCACAAGCAGCACAAGAACCCUGGCCAAAUCACAAGUGAGCAACUCUUCUACCGGGGGUUCCACCAUCACGUCGACGGAUGGAGAAGAACUGGGCGAGAUGUUUCCCAGCGAGAAUUGCCGGGAAGCUGUAGCCCGCGACACAACAAAUGAGUCUCACCGCGACAGGACCGCUGAGUCGAGAGCAUCGCCACAGAAUCUUACGACGAUGCAGUUUCCGUACCAUGGCUUGGGUGGCACAGUCGACCUUAGAUUUUGUAACAGCACCCUCCCCUACCGAUGUUCCCUCGGUUCUAGUCCUACAUAUGACCGGGAGGAUAUAACAUCGAAGUGUCUGUGUGACAAGUCACUGCGCUCUCGUUCAACCAUGGGUAGCAUUUACACCACAGGAUUGCACCUGUGCAACAGCGGUCCCCUUCGCUUUCUCAAUACAGGAAAGCUACGCCACCAUGUUACAAGGCAGCAGCAGGAGGUUGUUGCUGGAAUCGCUUCAAGUCGACCAAAUAACUCAUCAUUCGAGUUUGUGCCAUUCGUCAUCUCCUCGCCACGUCUGGCAGCAUUGAGCACAGCAACACAAUGCCAACCCCUGUCGGGGUUGGCGUGUCUCAGAGUUCUGCAUUCCGAUCAAGUUUCUAUUCAGCAACAUCACGCAUGGAAUGAUGUCCGCGCCGGUGCCGUGCAGUUGGGAAACGUCAAUUGUCUUUCUAAAGACUCUCCAAAUCACGGCCCGACUCACCCUCUACUCCCAUCUGUGGUUCCCGAGUUUCGGGCAGGUCCAAACUGUGCAUUGAUCCAGCGUGUUCGCGAACGGCUUGUGUAUUGCAGCUCAUCGGAGCGAGAAUCACUUGACUUGAGGAAACGUAUUCUUCUCACAUUGACGAAGUCGCUUCAUGUCGAGAUAUUUUUGUGCGGAAAUACUUUGUAUUAUGAAGUUCUAUUCUUCAUGUCUAUUAUACGGACACGGUACACGUAUCUGAUCACGACGAUGGAUCAGAAAGUACUGAGCUGCCGCAAUGAGGAAUUCUCAAACACCAAUCGGGGAAGCAACUACCGGUCACAACGCGAUCUUCAAGAUGUAGCUGACAAGGUGUCUGAGAAUCCGACACACACAACGUUUCUUCAACUGUGGUUUCCAAAGCGUCUUCUCAAAUUGGUCAAGUCCACAUUAUGGGGGCAAUGUGGCUGUUCAUUUCUUGGAUCUUCUCCUGGCCCAAGCUGUUCUAAGAAAUGGUCCAUCUAG